GUCUGCCCUGAUAAAGAAGACGCGAACCCUUCAAGAUAAGUUUGGUACACACUUCUGCUUUGCUUAGUGUCAUAAAAAGGAUGGAAAAUCAUCUUAUUGAAGCCUCUAGUUACAUUCAUUGCUAGUCGCCAGCCACAAUAAUAGUCCUUCACAGAUCAGGGCCGGCCGACAUUGAUUGUGUUGACCCCAACAUCUACACCGCGGUAACUAUCCGUACAUUUAAUCCACAAAUCUACCCCCUGUCUUUAUGAAAAACCCUCGGUUUAUCUGUCUGUUGAAAGAACAUUUUAUCUCCUCUGUGUGGUUUACAAGGUUUAGAAUUCUUCUUCACAACUGUCUGUAAUUCCAUCACCCCAGCAUGGCUUCGAACAAACACAGGCGCACCACCAGAGCGAAAAUUUCUCAAAAUGAAAGGAUCUCCGACUGUAGAGGAGAAGGAAAAUAGCUCGAACUGUUCAACAUCGGAUAGAUAUUCUAAAGACAGGAGCAAUUCAAUUAAAAGUGAGCGCGGGAAAACAAAGAUUUACAAAGUUAGAGAGGACGUGUAUUUGGUGCAUAAUAACGUGGUUGACAAGAAUUUACUAAGAAACAGCAUCUCAACCAAACUAAGACAAGGCAUUCCAGGAGAGCUUUGUAACAGGACAGACGUUGUAAACAAACUUCGAAGAGAGAAUCUAAAAGAAUAUCUUCGGCUUUCUAGUCUGAAUAAAAAGUACAGCUCCGAAAUGCAGAUGGAAAAGAACCGUAUCAGUAACGAGGGUCAGUUGCUCAUUAAACGCCAAGAACAGAUGAGGCGGAAUAGCGAUCAGGUAAGGAAGAACCAAGAGAAAAUGAAACUUGCUUACGACAAUCGGAAAAAUUCUACUUCCACACUUCCUCAGAUCUCGCAUCGAUCGAACACACCUAUCGCUAAACGUGUCAUCAUCGACCAUACCAACGGAGAAACCACAUACGUCAGAAGGACCGAUCGCCCAGCAACUUAUCCUCGGGUUCCCGUAGACAAGGAUGACAUAACUUAUGUCAAAGUUUUCAAACAUAAUGGAAUUUUUUUACCCCAAAAUAAAUACCCGGAUAAACAUUCUAUCGCAAAACCAGAAAACAGCAUUCUGAAAAAAGGUCAACCACUUACUCCUGAUUAUGAAGAUUUGACCUUGUCUAUGAAUGACCUCGACUUAGAUAGCAAUAGAACUUCCCCCGUUGCAUCGCCAAAGGAAUUACCGAAGCAAAAAUCAGCGAGACGAGUUACUUGGAGCGGAGUUGACAGAGAGAAAACCGAGAAAACUGCACCAAAGAGUGCGGUAUUUGAGAGAAAAACGCCGGAUACGGUUUCGCCGAUUCAGGGUGGUAGAAGCGAUAUGAACUCGACGCCAUGUAGUCAAAAAAGUUUCAAAAGUGACUCUGUAUUAUUCAAACAACCAUCCUACAGAAAAGGACGAAGUAGGAUUGAAACUAUAGGUAUCCAGUGGAAACUUCCCCCUGGGUCUAGGGUAGAUAACUCGAACUCCCGAUCUCGAUCUGCUGGUCAUCUUUCAAAAGCUCUUAAUCCCUGUUCCACUGCUUUGGAAAAGGAAGGGAUUUCCAUUGAGAAAACGAAGUGGCACGUUCCCCGAAUACAGUCCUUAGAAUCGUACGAUCUGUACAAGAUAUGGUUGGAAAAACUAGAAAAACUUAAAACUGGAGAAGAGCACAGGAUUCCAAUGGGCCCACGAAUCAGUUCUUCCAAUCGCAGUAUCAGCUUGACUGUGCCUACUAUGUCCGAGGCUCCGAAUGCUUCCCUGGUGACUGGAUCUAAUAUUUGAUACUUACACAUAGACCCGUGCAGUACAGCGUUCCGCUACGACUUGCUGCCAUGUAAAUGUACAGAUAUUUUCCACGUUGCGUUAUGAUUGUGCCAUACAGAGGCGUGAGAACUUGAUUGACGUCACAUUAUGUACCAAGUAUUCAAUACUACUAUGUUCUGUUUACGUGUUUUCUCACAUUUAAAUAAAUUAUCAAUAGUGAAUAGCGAAUAUAUAAUAAAUGAGACAAAAUGAAA